AUCGUUGUCAAGGCAACGAACAUAUCUAUGAAAAUAGGUAAACAAAGCAAAAAUAAAUCAUGGAUUGGGCUGAAGAACUAAAAAUGACAAUUAGAAAGACAACCGCACGUAAGGGACGACGAUCAAAAAGUCGCGAUGUUCUCAAGGAGGAGCAGCAGCAACAAACUGCCUCGUCCAGUGGCAAUUCCAAAGACAAGGAUAUAUCCAUAGAUAUAACUCUCGAUAUUCAGGCUCACGAUACGACAACCAACAGCAGUCGAAGUCCUGCCUCGACUCCUUCGACUUACAAUAAUGAAUUCGACUCGAAUUCAAAACGUCCGCCCAUAAGACGAAUCUCAGGGGGAUGGGCCGAUUCGGGCUUAAAAGGUUUACGAUCAAAAAAGAACUCUUUUGAUGACGAACGUUUCCAACAGACAAGAUCGGCGACCAGUUCAAUACCCACAGACGAUAUUCCCGUCAUACCAGAUCUGGAUGAUGUCAAAGAUGAGAUAAUGCUCAAUGAAAUUGUUGAACCAACUUCAGUCAGUGUCAAUAGAUCGGUGACACUUAAGGAACUCAGUUCCGAUCUGUUGUCACAGAAUGCAUUUUCGGCCAUUGAGGAUGUGGAUCUGUCCAUAUUGACCCGUUGUCUGCAGCCCCAGGAGAGUCUGGAUGAGGCCGAUGAUCUGUGGGAAUGGGAUAAACUAUUCACUGAGGUCACAGCCCAAAUUAAUUCCGAUAAAAUACCCAAUAUGGGUGUAUUGCAGAAAAUCGAAAUUGGACCCGAUGAAGUUCCCCCUACAGCCCAGUACACCUAAGUUUGAGCAUAUAGAAAUUUAAAUAAUUUAUUUAAAUUAGUUUAAGGAAACUCACAUUUUUAACCACAUUCCAUUUCAUGAUUAGAUUUUUUGUUUAAAAAUAAUAUAAACUGCACUCAA